AUGGAUUUAUAUCUAGCUAGCUAUCUAGUAGCCUUACCUUAUUUAUUUAUUUCUAUCUAUCUAUCUAUCUAUCUAUCUAUCUAUCUAUCUAUCACUUUCAUGGUCUAUUCAUUUCUAUUUAUCUGCCCAUGUGUCUCUCUCUAUCAUGGUCUCUUCAUAUCUAAUUAUCUAUCUACGUUUAAUUUUUUCUUCUUUUUCUUCUCUCUCUCUCUCUCUCUCUCUCCCUCUCUCUCUCUCUCUAUCUAUCUAUCUAUUUCUUCAGGCAUAGAAAUUAUUUUUACGCUCCGAAUAUUACGCCUCCAAUCUCCUCUUCUUCUUCUUCUACUUCUUUCAACUUCUUUUUCUUCUUUGUUUUCUGCUGUUUCCUCUUUUUCUUCUUUUCUUCAAGAUUUUCCUUUUCUUCUUCUUUCACUUCUUUUUCUUCCUCUUUCUUUUUUCUUGUUCUUUUUGUCUUAUUCUGAUUCUUUUUUUCUUCUUCCUCUUUGUCUUUUUCGUCUUCUUUUUCUCCUUCUUUUGAUUGUUCUUUUUCUUUAUCUUCCUCUUCUUUUUCUUUCUUUUAUUUCUUCUCCUUCUUUGUCUUUUACUGAUUUUUCUUUUUCUUCUUUUUCCUUAUCUUCUUCUUUUUCUUCUUCUUCUGAUUCUUCCUUUACUUCUUCUUCCUCCUCUUCUUUUUUCUAA